GAUAGGUGUACACAUUUGUUUUUUAUUAAGUGUUAACUAUCCAAAUAUUCAAGAAUGUCUUGCUCAAGUAAACCGGACAAUGCACUGCUCUUUGCAUCAGUCUUUUAUUAGGUUUUGUGUUUUUUUAAUUUAUUUUCAAUGCCUCGUGCUCUUAAGCUCUUCCACCUGCUCAAUGCUAAGCGCGACACAGUUCAGUCCGACUGCUUAUCAAUAGAUAUGCGAUGAUUUUAACGGGUUCAUGCCAGGACAUAAAUAGUAUUCACAUAUUAUUUCAUGUGAAUUUCUGGGAAUAAGCAAACUAUAGUUGAUACGCCGUGGAAAUGGACGCUCCAACCAAAGAUGGAGGCUUGGCCGGGUCUGACCCUUUCAAGACAGACACACUCAACUCAACGGGUUCCGCGGGGCAAAAAAGAGCCGGUGGAGCCAAGAAACAUACGCAAGCUAACAAAUCUGCUCUGCGUGCUCCCAGGGCCCUAUGCUGCCUCACGCUCAGUAACCCAAUACGCAUGGCUGCACUGGCUCUGGUGGAGUGGAAAUAUCCUUAAUAUACCUUAAGUCCCUUUGAUAUUUUCAUUUUGCUGGCCAUCUUUGCAAAUUGUGUCGCCCUUGGUGUGUCCAAACCAUUUCCUGAAGAUGAUUCAAAUGCCACCAACCACAAUCUGGAACAAGUGGAGUAUGUGUUUCUGGUGAUUUUCACCAUAGAAACAUUCACAAAGAUUCUAGCCUACGGCCUGGUAAUGCACCCCAGCGCUUACAUCCGCAGCGGGUGGAACUUGCUGGAUUUUAUCAUUGUCAUUGUCGGUCUAUUCAGUGUGAUAGCCGAAAUGGGAGAUCACAAACCAGGGGAGGCCCAUCACGGUGCAGGUAAACCAGGUGGUCUGGAUGUCAAAGCCCUGAGAGCUUUCAGAGUACUACGGCCCCUACGCCUGGUGUCUGGUGUGCCAAGUCUGCAGAUUGUGUUGAACUCUAUCAUGAAGGCUAUGGUUCCUCUGCUCCACAUUGGACUGCUGGUCAUGUUUGUCAUUAUCAUUUAUGCCAUCAUUGGAUUGGAGCUCUUUAUCGGGAGGAUGCACAAGACCUGCUAUUAUGUUGGGACAGAACUAAUGUUGGAUGAUGACCCAACACCGUGUGCUUUUGCGGGUAAUGGGCGAUUCUGUGUGGGGAAUAACACAGUGUGCCAGGGAGGAUGGGAGGGGCCUAAUGGAGGAAUCACCAACUUUGACAACAUCUUCUUCGCCAUGCUCACUGUGUUCCAGUGCAUUACUAUGGAGGGCUGGACAGAUGUGCUCUACUGGAUGAAUGAUGCCAUUGGUUUUGAGCUGCCUUGGGUUUAUUUUGUGUCUUUGGUCAUUUUUGGGUCCUUCUUUGUCCUCAAUCUUGUAUUGGGUGUCUUAAGCGGUGAGUUCUCAAAAGAAAGAGAAAAGGCGGUGUGCCGUGGUGAGCUGCAGGAAGCCCAGGAGAAACAACAGAUGGAGGAGGACAUGAUUGGCUAUAUGGACUGGCUCAUUGAAGCAGAAGACAUGGACGAGGAUGGAAAUAAACGUGCUGUGGUGGCCAAGAAAAAGAUGAUGAAGAAAUAUGGCUGGUAUAAGCACAGUGAAGAUGGAGAAUCAGAUUCAGACUCGGAGUUUGAAGCCUUUUUGGACGAUGACAAUGGCUGCUGUGCUUCCAUAAUGGCACGGCUGAUGGCUAUAAGUUUCUGCGAGCAGCUGUACCACUUGAAUCUGGUCAUCAGGAAGAACUGCCGUGUUGCCGUCAAAUCAAGCAAUUUCUAUUGGCUGGUCCUGCUGCUUGUGUUUCUUAACACUGCCGCCAGCGCUUCUGAACACUACGACCAGCCUCAGUGGCUCACUGACAUACAGGAACGAGCAAAUAAGAUCUUACUGGCUCUCUUCACACUGGAGAUGCUGAUGAAGAUCUACAGCUUCGGCUUUCAGAUCUACUUCAUGGCGCUCUUCAACCGUUUCGACUGCUUUGUGGUGUGCGGUGGGAUUCUAGAGACGGUAUUGGUGGAGAUGGAGGUUAUCCCGCCCAUUGGGAUCUCAGUGCUGCGCUGCGUUCGGCUGCUCCGGAUUUUCAAAGUCACACGACACUGGGCUGCUCUCUCAGACCUGGUGGGCUCUUUGCUGAACUCUAUGAAGGCCAUCUGUUCCCUAUUGCUUCUGCUCUUUCUCUUCCUCAUCAUCUUUGCUCUGCUGGGCAUGCAGCUGUUCGGCGGGAAGUUUAAUUUUGACGAGACCCAAAUGAAAAGAAGCACCUUUGACACUUUUCCAUCUGCUCUACUCACCUGUUUUCAGAUUCUAACAGGGGAGGACUGGAACUCUGUCAUGUAUGAUGGCAUAAUGGCAUAUGGUGGACCUGUGUUUCCCAAUAUGAUCGUCUGUAUUUACUUUGUCAUUCUUUUCGUCUGUGGUAACUACAUCUUGUUAAAUGUCUUCUUGGCUAUUGCUGUGGAUAACUUAGCCGGAGAUGGUGGAAAAAAGAAAAAAGAAGAGAAAAAAGACGAAGAGGAGGAAUGGGAAGAUGAUGAAGAACGAGAGGAAGAUGAUGCUGGAAAUGACGGGGAUGAUUGGGAGGAGAAUGAAGAAUUGAGAGCAAUUGAAGGGCUUGAGGGUAUAGGCACACCCAUGAAAGUCGAAAGUUUUCAACCCAAGGAGAAAAUUGUUCCUAUACCUGACGGAAGUUCCUUUUUCAUCCUUGGAAAAAAAAACUGUCUCAGAGUCGCCUGCCAUAACCUCAUUCAUCAUCAUUACUUCACCAACAUCAUCCUCGUCUUCAUCAUAUUUAGUAGUUUUUCAUUGGCUGCUGAAGAUCCAAUCAAAACUCACUCAGUCAGGAACGUUAUGCUGGGUUAUGCUGAUUAUGUCUUUACCACUGUCUUCACUAUUGAGAUCAUGUUGAAGAUGACCGUGUAUGGAGCGUUUCUUCAUCAAGGUUCCUUUUGCAGGAAUGCCUUUAACCUUCUGGACCUUCUGGUUGUCAGCGUCUCUCUUACUUCCUUCUUCUUGCAUUCGAGUGCCAUUUCAGUGGUGAAGAUUCUGAGAGUGCUGAGGGUACUCAGGCCUCUUCGAGCUAUCAACAGGGCAAAAGGUCUAAAGAGUGUGAUUCAGUGUGUGUUUGUGGCCAUCCGCACCAUCGGCAACAUCCUCAUCGUCACCACUCUCCUGCAGUUCAUGUUCGCCUGCAUCGGUGUGCAGCUGUUUAAGGGCCGGUUCUACAGAUGCACCGAUGAGGCAAAACACACACCUGAUGAGUGCAAGGGCACGUUUGUUGUGUUUAAGGAUGGUGAUAUGAACCAUCCAAUGGUCAGAGAGAGAGUUUGGGAAAACAGUGACUUUAAUUUUGACAACGUGCUGAUGGGCAUGCUUGCUCUCUUCACCGUCUCUACUUUUGAAGGCUGGCCACAACUUUUGUACAAAUCCAUUGAUGCGAAUGCCAUAAACAGAGGGCCCAUCUACAACUACCGUGUAGAGAUUUCCAUCUUCUUUAUCAUCUACAUCAUCAUCAUUGCCUUCUUCAUGAUGAACAUCUUUGUGGGUUUUGUCAUCAUCACUUUUCGUGAACAAGGAGAGGCCGAGUUCAAAAACUGUGAACUAAACAAAAACCAGAGGCAGUGUGUGUAUUACGCAUUAAAAGCUCAGCCAAUAAAGAUUUACAUACCCAAAAACCCUUCUCAGCUCAAAUUCUGGAAGAUCAUCAAUUCAUCUCAGUUUGAGUACAUCAUGUUUGUGCUCAUUCUGCUAAACACGCUCACACUGGCUGUGCAGCACUAUGAGCAGUCAAAGCUCUUUAACUUUGUGAUGGACAUCCUGAACAUGAUCUUCACCACACUCUUCACCAUCGAGAUGAUCAUCAAACUUCUCGCUCUGAGACCUUACCACUACUUUAUAGACGCCUGGAACUCUUUUGAUGCAAUGAUAGUGGUGGGAAGUUUGGUGGACAUCAUGAUCGCGGAGUUCAGUGGUGGAGGAGGACAUGGUGAGGGGAAAGAAGGAGAGGGCGCCAAAGUGUCCAUCACUUUCUUCCGUCUUUUCCGAGUGAUGCGACUGGUGAAGCUGCUCAGUAAAGGUGAGGGCAUUCGAACCCUCCUUUGGACAUUCAUCAAAUCUCUACAGGCUUUGCCAUACGUCGGUCUGCUCAUCGCUAUGAUCUUCUUCAUUUAUGGUGUCAUUGGGAUGCAGACAUUUGGGAAGAUAGCCAUAGAUGACAACACUGAGCUCAAUAGGAACAACAACUUUCAAACCUUUUUCAUGGCUGUGCUGCUGCUCUUCAGAUGUGCAACAGGGGAGCAAUGGCAAGAGAUCAUGCUGGCGGCGCUGCCGGGUCGCCGGUGCGACCCCGAGUCUGACUUUGAGCCGGGAGAAGAGUACAGCUGUGGCAGCAAUCUGGCAUACCUCUAUUUCAUCAGUUUCUUCGCGCUCUGUGCUUUCUUGAUCAUUAACUUGUUCAUCGCUGUCAUCAUGGAUAACUUUGAGUAUCUUACCAGAGACUGGACCGUGCUGGGCACACAUCACCUGGAUGAGUUUAAAAGAGUCUGGUCUGACUAUGACCCAGAGGCCACGGGAAGGAUUAAACAUCUAGAUGUAGUCACUAUGUUACGCAGAAUUCAGCCCCCCCUUGGCUUUGGAAAACUCUGUCCUCAUCGGGUAGCCUGUAGGAGGCUGGUCUCUAUGAAUGUGCCUCUUUAUCCCGACGGCACCGUGACUUUUAAUGCCACCUUGUUUGCUCUCGUCAGAACUUCACUCAAGAUCAAAACUGAUGGACCAAUCGACCAGCAGAAUGAGGAGCUCAGAGCCAUUAUUAAGAAGAUCUGGAAACGCACUAAACCCAAACUACUGGAAGAAGUUAUUCCUCCCCCUUCAGGGAAUGAGGUGACUGCUGGAAAAUUCUAUGCCAGUUUCCUGAUUCAAGAUUACUUUAAAAAGUUUCGUAAGCGAAAGGAGAAAGAGAGAAAGAAGAAAGGCAAAGACAAGUCAGCUUCUCUUCAGGCUGGGUUAAGAACACUACAGGAUUUGGCCCCGGAGAUGCGUCUGGCGAUGGCAAUGGAGGAAGAGGAAGGGCUGGAGGGGGAGAUGACGGAGGAGGAAGAGUUCUUCAGGAGUGACAGUGUCUUCAGCGACGCUCCUCCCACACCGACCAUGUCCACGCCCAGAGGCACCCCUCUGCCCUCCGAUCUUGACGAGACCACAGUGAGCAUUGAGAUUCAUCCUAAAACAGCCAGCGGAGACUUUACUCUGGAGGAGGCCCUGGUGGACUCCCGUCCCGUCUCAGCAAUGUCGCAUAUUGAUGUGAUAGUUGAACAGCCUCAGAGGUUAUCUCCCCUGCCCAACAGGAACGAGACAGCUACUAACUAUAUUUCUCCUCCAUCUCCGGAUGGAGGGACGCUAAAUGGAGUGGGAGGAGUUACAGGAGGAGGUGGACCCAAGGGAGCUGGGGAUGGUGGGGAGACUGCACAUACUGCACAGCAAAGCAUCAAGCAGGACAUGAGUGCUACAUCAUAUGGAAGCGAGUGGCAUCCUGUGGUUCCUACAGCCCAUACUCUUAAUGGCACCAGUGCAAGUGUUUCCCCUGUACAGCCGAAUAACAUCAACAACAUCAACUACCAAGAUGCCGGUGGCUUUAAUGGAAAUGGUUACUCUGGUAAUGGUAACAAUGGGAAUGGUGUUAAUGGGACCGGUUAUCCUAAUAACCGUUACUCAAAUGGUUACUGCAGCAAUGGAUACAGUGCUAAUGGAUACAACAGCAAUGAAUACAACGGGAAUGGUUUUGCAGCACAGCGACGCAUGCUUCCACAGACUCCUUUAGGCCGAAGGCCAAACUUUAACAUACAGUGUUUAAGGAGACAAGGAAGUAAUGAGGAUCUUCCCAUCCCAGGCACCUACCACCAAAACUCGACACCCUGCAGAGGACGCACACAGACACACAGCAAUUAUGACUCACGACGAAGCAGCAUUUCAUCGGUGUUGUCUUCAGCCUCCUGGGCCAACAACCAGCCCAGGCGGGGUCGUCUCCUGUAUACCCCCCUUAUUCUGGUGGACGAGACGGGGGGCACUCAGACUAUGUGGGGCGACACCAAUGGAAGCGCCACCCUGCCAGCGUUGGCCCGCCCUGGGUGGCUUUCAAAUGGAUCAGCAGGCGUGGCCCAGCAGAAUCGGGCGUACACUACACUCAGAGUUCCUCAACAACACAGUCUGGGCUACAUGGAGCGAGGGAGUGCAGACAGCCUUGUGGAGUCGAUCCUUAUAUCUGAAGGUUUGGGUCUCUAUGCCAAAGACCCCAAAUUUGUUGACUUUGCGAAACGUGAAAUCGCGGAUGCCUGUCACAUGACCAUAGAUGAAAUGGAAAGCGCUGCAUCUGACCUGCUGACUCGAGGAGAGACAGGGCAGCCAAUCAGACGCUUGGAGGAGGAUCUGUCUGAUGAGAUGAAUUGUGUUAUUUCUGACUUUAUGACUUGACUCAAUAUUUUUUUAUUGUGAAAGUUUUGAAAAAUGUAAGACAAUUGUCAGUGUAUUUGUGUUGAAUGUAUUGUUAUGCAUGACAACUUCAAUUCAUACACAUAUUCAUCAUUAUAGUUUCACAUCUGUUUGAUGUAAUUAUAUAUUAUGGUUUAUUUAUAUUUAUAUUUAUAUUGUUUAUUUCCCACAAGGCAAAUUAGGGUUAAUGGAGGACUAAAUUCCAGCAUUGUAUUCAGAAGCAACUGUAGCUUAUAAGUGUGGAGAUUGAAAAACUUAAACAUAAAAAGCAACAAAAUAUAGUUGAGGCAAAUCUAUGGGAGUACAUUUUCUAUUUCUAUAUUGCAUAAAGCAAGAGAUCCCAGUUUUGGAGGGAACAGGCCCUUCGACUGUCAAUAAUCUCAGACCUGAUAUCUUUCAGAGAUCAAUAAAUAGAUUUAUCAUAGAUGUAUGUGCUGCUUGCUAGAGCUUCGACAUUUUGUGUGUACUGUAUAGGGACACAAAGUGACUAGAUCUUUUUAUUAAAAAAUAUUUUUGUUCAGGUGAAGUCAUAUGCAGUAAAUCUAAGAUAGCAUGAAAGUGAGUGAACAAUUCAAGACAGUUAUAGGUGAAAAGGAACAUCAUCACUUACAUGUUAAACACAACAACACCAAAUGUAUUGAAAUUCCUGGGAUCUCUACCACAUUAGUUAUUCCAAAAGGGUGGGGAGGGAUGUCUUUAACAAGUGGGAACGAAUCUUGUUGCAUUCUCCCUCAUAUCGAGCCUGUGGAUAUACUAUGAAGUAAUUUCAGCCUUUAAGUGCACAUAGAGCAUUGUAUGCUUAGAACAAAUAUAUCCUAGCUGUCCUUCCAAAACCUCAGAUCUCCAGAUUCGCUGUUUUUCAGGAAAUUGUUAAAUACUUCUUAAAUGUUUACACACCAUGUUGUCAAAGUUGUUCAACAAAAAGGC